UACAGUCGUCGACCAAUUUUUCGGACUCCGAUAUUUCGGACACGUCCGAUUAUUCGGACAUUUUGGCCGAACCAUCACUUACCCCAUAGAGUUAAUGUAUAACAUUAACUGAAAUUUUAGACGCCAUAAAGCUUACUGCUCAAUGUUUCAGACAUAAUUUCCGUGAUUUCCUCAGUUUACAGCCACAAAACAGCCGCCGCGAUAACGCCGCGAGCUUACGGACCGCCAUUUUGGUUAUUUUGAUUUUGCUCAUCGGCCUCAAAACACGUCCUACGCAAUAAACAAGCUGGGUUGGAUACACUGGUAGACUUGGUUGGAUACACUGGCUGGGUUGGAUACACUGGUGGACUUGACGUUCGUUCUGCAGGAUGAUGAUGUCACGGAUCACAAGCAGAAGAAGUACAUUGUGUUUCACAAUUUCCUAAUGAGGCUCCUCCAACGAUGCUUACGAUGUGGUGCCACCAACUGUGAGGUCCGCUUGUCAUUUGCGGGAAGUUUCAUGAGAGCGACCAUCACUUGCCCCAAGCAACACAAAGAGGUGUGGUGCAGUCAGCCCCUUGUCGAAGGGAAAGCGUUGGGAAACAUCCUGUUCUGCUCAGCCAUCUUGUUCUCUGGCUGCAGUCCUACAAAAGUUAUCAGGCUGCUGUCGCUGAUGGGCGUGAAAACACUGCAAAAGACACAGUUCUUUAAGUUUCAGCGAUGCUACCUCUUACCGGCAGUUCAAGAGGUCUGGGAAUCUGAGCAGAACCUCAUGGUUCAGGCUUCACGGGGCCAAAAGCUCUGUCUUUCCGGGGAUGGAAGAGCAGAUUCCCGUGGUCACUCUGCCGACUUUGGGACAUACACCCUCAUGGAUGUCAACCGCAACAGAGUCUUCCACAUCGAGCUGGUCAAGUCAACAGAGGUGUCAUCCAGUAACCGUAUGGAGAAGGAGGGGCUGGCCAGGGCAUUCAGCUCCCUUGAGAGCAAAAACGUCGAAGUUGACAUGCUGGUCACAGACCGCCACCGUGAGGUGAACGCAUAUGUGCGAGACAACCACCCUGAUGUGCUUCACCGCUUCGAUGCCUGGCACUUUGCAAAAGGAAUCAAGAAGAAGAUUGAUUCUGUGUCGGGAACAAAGGCCCACAACGUUCUCCGAAAAUGGAAGCGCACAAUCAUUCGUCACCUGUACUGGUGUGCCCGCACCAGCAACGGCGAUGGUGAAUUGGUGCUAGCAAAAUGGAGGUCCAUCAUGCCGCACGUGAUCGACGUACAUGUCCACACCGACCCCCUCCAUCCAGCCUGCGCACAUGGUGAAAUCAAGGACCGAAACUGGCUGCAGGAAGGAACAGAGACCUUCAGGCGACUGGAGUCUGUGCUUGUGCCAGCCCACCUGCUAAAAGACAUCCCUCGGAUUUCUCACAAGCAGCAGACUUACGCACUGGAAUCGUUCCAUGCCCUGCUCAUCCAUUACGCACCAAAGUCCACCAAGUUCACAUAUGCAGGAAUGCUGGCACGGACCCGGGUCGCAGCACUCCACUACAACUUUAAUGCAGACAGGGCUACUAUAAAAACUGCGGAUGGCCACCCACGGUUUUCCCAGCGUUGCUCGAGGGGGGACAAGCAGUGGACUGUCGUUCCUGUGAAAGAAGCUGCAGCAUAUGGCUAUGUUGGCAAGCUCAUUGACGCCGUCUUGACAUGCGUGGCACGCUGGCCAACAUACGAGUUGGCAGAACAAGCCGUGCCACAUGUCGUGCACGAGACCCUGAGAGCCAGGUGCGGACCACGGCCAGACAAGGAGGAAGCAGUGCGACGCCACCGAUCGAGGUUUGCUGUGUAACUGUUUCUUGCCUUCAGUUGCCCCUCCCAACCGUGAAUAAACUUUGCAUGGGAGGAAGAUCAAACUCCGCCUAGAGUCGGUGACAGGUUGACAAUUCAGUAGAAGCUGUGGCUUCAUCGGGCUUUCUACCCUUGAUAGCAGAACCGUGCAGCCAAAGCAUGGCAAAAGGCCAUGGGUGUGUGCUGGAGUUGGAGCUUCUACCGAAUUCUUAGCCUGUCACCGACCAUAGAUAUUAGCGUAGCGCUGAGAAAAAACUUCAAAUAGUGUAAAAUAGAGUGCUCAGCUGCACUGUUUUCAGACAUUGUGGUAUUAUCUUAUGUAUGUUUUGUUUGUGCCUGUGUUAUUGUCUUAUUUAGA